AUGGAAUCUGAUUGGAUAUCAGAUUAUAGACCAGCCGAGUUAAGAAAAUUUGAAUCUGAUUUAAGACUAUCGGAUAUUCGACAACAAAUAAAUGAUAUUUCGAUGUUUUCGGCUGAAUCUUAUCAAAAUCUAGUUAUAUGGCUGCAAGAAGUCGAGGAGCCAUUAAAUCUAGCUAAGAUUACUGACCAAACGAAAUAUGAAAAAGUUAUAUCGAAAUUGGGCGGAGAGGCGAAGAUAUGGUUUCAAAAUAAUCGAUCCCUACUGGAAACAUGGCUUGCAUUAAAAGAUGUUAUGCCACCAGUUAAUCCACAAAUGGAUAAAAAUACUGUAAUGAAAUACCUUAAAGUAGGAUUGAAACAAUCAUUACAAUCAUUUGUUGCAUUGAAGGAACCGAAUACGCCCCAGAAAUUUUUACGAGCUGCUCAAGAAACUGAAUUAUAUCCGUCAGGUGGUCAAGAUGGAAAUACAUCAUUUAUAAAAUCGCAAGAUGUAAUAGCAAGAUCAACAUCUCAAUCCAGUCAACAACAAUAUUCGUCACGGUUCCAACAUUAUUAUCCAGCACAAUCGAGUCAAGAAUUUCAACAACAACCACAACCAAACGUAAUACCACAAUAA